CCAAAUUUGAAAAACAUCAACAACUAUUUCCCUCAGGGAAAUUCCCUGUUUUUAAGCAAAUUCAAUUCAAAAUGACUACGGCAACAAAAAAAGGCAACACUUUGCACUACAAAGGUUCCAACUUCCUAAAGCAGCGCCUAGUUUUGUCAGUCCUAAGCGGUAAGCCUGUAAAAAUUACUGAAAUAAGAACCCUAGACGAUGAACCGGGUCUUAAAGAGUACGAAGUGAGUUUGGUGCGGUUACUAGACAAAAUCACCAACGGUACCACUGUGGAACUCAACAAUUCUGGUACCGAGUUAUAUUUUCAACCAGGACUUUUGUUGGGUGGUACUUUCGAACAUGAGUGUUCUUGUCAAAGAGGAAUAGGGUACUAUUUGGAAAGUCUUUUCAUGCUGGGGUUUUUUUGUAAGCAGCCAAUAAAAGCAACCCUCAAAGGUGUAACAUGUAAUAAUAUUGAUCCUUCAGUCGAUUGUUUUAAAAGUUCUUUUAUGGAAACCUUAAAAAGAUUUGUCUAUGAUGACGAGGGCUUAGAUUUGAAGAUUUCCAAAAGAGGCAUGUUGCCUUUGGGUGGUGGAGAAGUUACAUUCAAAUGCCCCAUUAAAACCAAAUUAAGGCCUGUUCAGAUUGUGGACUCUGGAAUGGUAAAACGAAUUAGAGGAACUGCCUAUGCCUUAAGAGUUUCGCCUGCUAUGGCCAAUAGAAUGGUCGAGAAAGCCAAAGGAGUGUUACUGAAUUUUCUUCCAGAUGUUUAUAUCAGUACUGAUCAGUGCAAAGGAAAACAAGCCGGGAGAAGUCCAGGGUUUGGAGUGCAUUUGUAUGCUGAAACUACACAAGGAGUUAUGUAUUCGUCUGAACAGGUAUCAAAUAACGUGUCACAAGGUGAAGACCCAUCAAUACCAGAAGACAUAGGAGUAGCAGCAGCUCAGAGGCUUCUAUACCAUAUUUUUCUAGGAGGUGUUGUAGACUCCUCCUGCCAAGCCUUAUUGAUUCUAAACAUGGCCUUAGGCCCAAAAGACGUUUCAAAAGCCGUUACCGGACCGUUAACCGAUUACACCAUAGGGCUUUUGAGGCAUUUAAGGGAAUUUUUCGGGGUUACUUUUAAAAUAGAACACUUUGAGCAAGAGAGCCAAGGAGCAGGAAUGGGGAAAAUUUUGUUGACUUGCGUAGGAAUUGGAUAUUCUAAUAUUAGCAAGAGAACAAUAUAGGUUUUAAGUUGAUCAUAUAGGGUGGCCCACGACGUUUUUCCCAGGUAAUAAUUUGAAAACGCAUAUAAUUGAAAUUUUGAGGACUUGGGUAACUUUUUGUGCCGCUUCUACCAAUGUCAUUCAAGUGACGUCAACUUCACAAAACCUUGUGGGACACCCUGUAUAUUAGGUGAUAAGCAAAUAAAAAAAAAAACUUUAUUUACAAGCAAUAGCCUUUUUAUAUAUCUGACAGACAUUCUUCCAAUUGACAAUAUCUCAUAUGGCCUUGACGUAAUUGCGGACAUGGGAGAAGCAACUGAAAGAAGUAGUUCAAAGUGUUUCUCUUACUUUGAAGAAACUUGACUCUUGAAAUCAGACUACAACUAAUAUAGGGUAUGUAGGCAUCGAAAAUUGAAAUUUUCCAUCAUUUUGUGUUGCUACAAACAAAUGGAAAAUGCCAAAGAUCUCACUGACCAGUGACACUUGUUGAGUAAAACAACAAAUUCAAACAAAUAAAAGCAUUGUAAUGUCAUCAGACCUCAAGAGCCGCAGAGAGUGACAAAUUUCCUUGCUGCUACAACAUUCUAAUUGGCAAAUAAACAAUAUAAGAUGUUUGCUAAGUAGAUUAUAUAUUGAGUAAUUACCAAAUUAAUAUAAAAAACAAUAAACUUAAACUUCUAUUCAACAAAACAAGAUUCAUUUACAAGCAAUAGCCUUCUUAUAUCUCUCACUGACAUCCUUCCAAUUGACAAUAUCCCAUAUAGCCUUGACAUAAUCAGCCCGGACAUUUUUGUACUGCAAGUAAUAAGCAUGUUCCCACACAUCAAUACCCAAUAAAGGCACCAAACCAGUGGUACCUUGCAAAGGAUCCUGGUUACCACAAGUGGCCACUCUUAGUAUGCCUAUUUGUGGUUCAUAGCCUAACCAGCCCCCAGCCUGAACCUUGUAUAGCUACAGUAGCAGCGGACAUUUUAGAUUUCAAAUUGUCCAAACUGCCAAAGGAGUUGUUGAUGGCGUAGCAAAGUUCCGGGGAUGGUUCCGUUUGGCAAGGGCUUAAAUUUUGCCAGAAAAUCGAGUGGUUUAUGUGACCGCCUCCGUUGAAUCUUAUGGCUGGUGCCAACGAGACCUGAGUACUGAGUUCAAAUUUGUAUAAGGACAGUGUUAAUGUAAAGCAAAAAUUACUUACUUUACAUCUCCCUUUUCCACUGCGGCCUUUAACUUUUCCUCGGCCGCAUUCAAAUUUGUUAUGUAAGUCUGAUGAUGUUUGCAGUGGUGCAAGUUCAUAAUAUCGCGCGAGAUAAUGGGCUCCAAGGCGGCAUAAUCGUAAGGUAGGUCGGGCAAAGUGUGUU